AUGGCCAGCCACAUGGAAGAGAACAUCCUUGAAAAGGAUUUCAGGAUGUUGUCAUCUCUGGGUUGUGGUUCAUUCAGGGAGGUAAAGCUUGCCUGCCACCUUCCCACACAUAUACGGGUGGCUGUCAAGGCACUUGAGAAAAACAUCAACAGCAUGGCUGACAUCACUUCGAGGGUGGAACUCCUUCAAUCUUUAGAACACAGGAACAUUGUUCAAUUUUUUCACAUGAUUGACACACUGACAACAACUUAUGUGACCAUGGAGAAUGUGGCAGGAGAGGACCUGGAGAAGUACCUCAGGGCACUGGGCUGUCUGAAAGAGGAGGAGGCUAGACCUGUUUUCCAGCAGGCCAUGUCAGCAGUUCACUUCCUCCACCAAAGACACAUUGCACAUCGCAAUAUUAAAUUAGAAAACAUUCUGGUCUAUGCGGCAGGAAAUGCAAAGCUUUGUGACUUUGGCAUGGCAAUUAAAACCACAGAAGAGCAGAUGUUGGAGGAGAUCUGUGGCUCCGUACUCUAUAGGGCCCCAGAGAUCUUGGCAAGGAAACCCUAUGAUGGGCUGGCAGUUGACAUGUGGAGCUUGGGCAUCGUCCUCUAUGUUCUGGUCACAGGGCACUUUCCAUAUGUAGAAGCCACCAUUGAGGAUAUGCACAGAAUCAUCACUACUACAAUGUGUCCCAUUCCUUACCACUUGUCAUUUCUGUGUCACAUCAUCAUUGCACGGUUACUUGGGGUCCCUACCUGGCACAGGAUGACAAUACAUCAGCUUGUGGAACGUCCGUGACUGGGCCACAUUCAAAACCAUGGACUGGUUGCCACAAAAGAAAUACUUCCCAGGAUCGUGAACACAAUGUGCACCAUUGGCUAUACCUGUGAAGACAUUGUGUCAUCCUUAACAAAUAGGCGACUCACAGAUGAAGUAAUGACAACAUUUAAUAUUUUAAAAUACCAACUGAGCUAUGGGGACAGCCAUCAGCAGGUGGAGAAGCCCUGGGCCAAUAGCAGCUCUUCAGGUGUCCUUAUCCCCCUUCCCCACUUGAAGAGGAGAGCCAGUGAACCUACCAUUUCAACCUGUAUAGAAGCUAGGAAGAGUCACUUUCAGGAUGAGAGUGUGAAAAGAAGAAGCAAGAGUUGCAGAAGUUACCCCAUACUCACCAAAAGCUCCUGCACAGAGAGGAUGCCCUAUUCAGAUGACCCAGUGCCAGAAAGUGAGGCUGUGACAGCUGAUAUCACUAACAGUGCUACAGGGGAUAUUGUAGUCAACAGAGAUUCCACGGACAGCAUGCUUGGUGAGCAUAUCCCUCCAGUAUCAGCCCACGUUGGCCCCACAGCUUCUAGAUCUAGGUCACUCACAGUUUGGAAGUGAAUUUCCCGUGCUCUGAAAUCACUAUGGCGCUGCUGCUUGUGCAUCUCCUUCAUCUUACUCCAGCCUCAUCACUGCUUGCUGGAAAGAAAGGAGGACAUGAGGAACAUCUACCUGAUGAGGCUCUUCUUCCUCAGCUUUGAGUGUGCUGUAGCACUAGUGCCCACAGCAUCUAAAACAGAUGCCUUCACAACCAGAAAUGACGUGUCUUCUGACAUAAAGAGCCUCAUCAUCUUGGUCACUUUAUCCCCUCCAUCUUAUUUCUUGACUGUCUUUUGA